GAUCUCUGAACUCCCUCACGUCUAUCACUCCUUCACCUACUUGACAAGACCCAGACAGAGCCCGCCUCACGCUUCUCAUCAUGUCUGACGCACAAGUCCAAGCACCACCUCCUGGAGCUACAUCGGCUGCGACUCAGGAAGACAAUGCAGAGUACAAGCCUGAGGAAAAUGGAGAUGCUCCCGAGGCUACUGAUGUAGCUGUUGGAGAGAAGAGAAAGGCGGAGGACGAGGUGGAGAAGGAGGAUGAUGACAAGAAGGCCAAGGUUGACGAAGAGGUCGCUGCGGACAAAGGCAAAGGCAAAGGCAAAUCUGAGCCUGCACCUGCUGAACCAGAGCAAGAGGGAGGCGCCGAGGAGGGAAACGAUGAUGACGACGAAGAUCCUGAUAACCUCAUUAUCAGUGGGAAACGAAGGAGGAACAAGGUCAACUAUGCCGAUGUGAGAGGUCCUUGGAGACGACGAUGGACGAUCAUGCUGACAUGUCAUCUUUCUAAACCCCUUAGCCUGAAGCUCAGAAGAAGGCUGGACUCAAACCUGGUGAGGGGGAGGAGGAUGACGAUGAUGAUGAGGGAGAAUUCGAGGCUCCUGAAGAUGAUGAUGAGGGUAAGUUCUUUGCAUGCGCCGACUCCAUCCCGAGGUGAAGGCUUAUUGCUGCUGACGGAUCCGGCGCAGAAGAGGGUGGAGAUUACCAAGAGGACGGGGAGGAUGAUGAGGACGAGGAGGAAGACGAUGAGGAUGAGAAAGACGACUAAUCGUAUCAUGAUCUGGUGAUCCUGACAAGGUUUUCAGGAUGAUUUCCUAUCGAUCCUCAAUCGAAAAAUUUGUAUGCCCAUGAGAAAAGAGAACGGAGGCCCUACUUUGUAUGUGUCGAGGAUGGAUGCUCUCCACGAAACAGUUGCAUGCAAAAACAGAGU